AUGCAGCCACAACACCGCUCACGUCGAGCGUAUAAUGAAGACGAUACUUCUCAUUAUUCUGAUGAACGUUCACCAUCACCAAGUUCAUCUUUAACAUGUUCAUCGUACAAUAAUCCGAAAGUAAAUGACCGACGAGAAAGUGGAUCAUUAGUUGAUCUAUCAUCAAACGGACUAAAUAAUUAUCAUCGAGAUCGUAUCAGAUAUAGUACUUGGCCACGGCAUCGAAAAGAACGACGUGAUAUUAUACAAGAAUAUGAUAAACGUCUGGGUAAAUCCAUUGUUCAAGAAUUAGGCAUUGGUAUUAAUAAAACAUAUCGUAAUCCAUGGGGUAAUUUAUCAUAUGCACAAUUGAUAACACGAGCUAUUGAAAGUAGUCCAUGGAAAAGACUAACAUUGAAUGAAAUAUACGAAUGGAUUAUUAAAUUUGUACCAUAUUUUAAAGAUAAAAUUGAUCCAAAAUCGAGUUGGGGAUGGAAAAAUUCAAUACGUCACAAUCUGUCAUUGCAUAAUCAAUUCAUAAGAGUACCUGUUGUUAGUUCAUUAUCAAAAGGUCCAGUAAAAUAUGUCUGGACAAUAAAUCCAUCGUUUAAAAACAAUUCACCGUAUAAAAAAUAUAGUUUGAAACGAAAACGUGCAGCUGCCGCUGCCUGUUUAUCUUCAUCCACUGAACAUUUGUUAUCAUCAUCCUUGGCAUGUGAAUCAUCGUCGACUAAUAAUCAAGACGAACGACAUCAACCAUUAUUAAACAUGUCUAAUUAUCCAUCAACAAAAUCGAUACGGUUAACAUCAGAUUAUAUUCAUCAAUUAUCGCCGGAGCAAAAUCAUUCAAAUAAUAAUGCUAAAAGUUCAUCAUCAUUAAAUCAAUUAACGCUAGCAGCCGCGGCUGCAUCAGCAAUGUCAAGUUUUUCAGAUUCAUCUUCACAUUUACAACCGUAUCAUGGAUAUGCAUCAGCAACUCAAGCAGCAAUGAUCAAUGCAAGUUUAAAACAGCAACAACAAAAAUUAGUAGCAAAUCCGGGAACAACGAACAGACAACAAUCGAAUCAUAUUUAUAUUGACACUAAAUCAUCAGGAAAUAAUAUUGAUAACACCAGCGGUUUACCAUUUUGUUUUGAAAAUGGAUUACCUAUACCUAAAAAAGUGCCUAUUCGAGAUCGUUUUAAACAAGAUAAUCUACAACAGCAUUCUGAUUGGCUUUUAUCUUAUAAAUUACCACCUACAUCCUCACCAACAUCAUUCACAAAUGGACAACAGAAUACACAUAACAAUAGAGGAUCGACUAAAAUAAAUGAAUCACCCUCGUCGUCAUCGUCACAUCGUUCACCUCUAAAUUCAUCUCCUCGUUUAAAGUCUACAUCAUUAUCGUCACAUCCAUUUUUCUCAUCUAACAGUUAUUACCAAAAUAAUGCGCAUUCGUUUGAUCAAAGAAAUGCACGAAUAACUAAUAAUUAUUCUUCUUCUACACCAUCUCCACCAUAUAAUAAUAAUAACAACAAUAAUCAUUCGACUCAUGGAUUUAUACGUCCACCAUUAUUUACAUCUCGAAUAAAUACGUCAAUAAAAAAUGGUCAAAUAUCAGAUAUUGAGUGUUUACAAAAAAGAACUAGUUCACCAAAUUUAAACGAAAGUGCACGUUUAUCAACAUUAUUAAAUCGUUCAUCUUCUACGCGAGAAUCAUCUAUAUCACCUGUCGAACAUGACACUUAUUCUACUCAUAACCGCGAUAUUAAAACACAAUCACGAGAAAAUAAUUCAUCAUUCUCGCAGUCAGAUCAAGAAAGAUUUUUGGUACAUUCAAAAUUUUGGCAUGCAGCCGUUACUGCAGCAAAUCUCAGUCAAACACAACAACAACCACAACAACAUCACACAAGUGCUAUUAAUGAACUUCAAAACUAUAUUAAUCGAACAGGUAAGAUGUAUUUAAAUCCGGAAACAUUAAAAAUGUUGCCAACUCCCAAUACUAAUAAUAAUGGAAAUUAUAAUACAGCUGAACAUGGUUACGGUUAUAAAUUAAUUCGUUCAUCCUAUCCAAAUCCAGCGUCAAAUUUGAUACCAUGUUUUGUUCGACAUAAUCCAUCAACAAACACUAAUGUUCUUCUACCAACAUCAUUUCAAAAUAAAUCAUCAUUAGAAAAUUUGAAUGAAACUUUAACUGCGUACAACAACUAUCGACGACGUUCAUCAGGUUUUUCAUCAACAACCAGUCACGGUGGUGCCAGUGAUGAAGAAGUUGAUCUGAAUGAAACAGAAGAAUCACCACCAAGAAAAGAUUCCAGUACUAGUAAUUGUUCAAGUGGUUACGAAUCUUCGUCCCAUUUGAAUCAUAAUGGACGACAGUCUCCGACAACGCGAUCCACUUCUGGAUCGUCAAUAACAUCUGACACAUCUUCAUCAAUCUCACAUCAUUAUAAAACAUUAUCAACAACAAUGGAACAAGCUGAAGACGAAAAUGGAAUAGCAACUUUAUCAACAAUAACAAGUGCAAACGGUAUUAAAACAUAUGAUGAUGAAAGAAAAUUAUUAGCAGGAGGCUAUGUUGAUGAAUUAAUGGAUCGUAUAAGAAAAAUGCCACCGAAAAAACGUUCAAAAUUUUAUAAAAUGUUAGAUGAAGAGCGAUUAAAAGAUAUCAAUAAUAGUACCAGUAUUAGAACAGAAACAAAAAUAAUUGAAGAAAAUAAAUCUACUGCUCUAGUGACAAUAUCAACAGCAAUUGCGGAUGAUGACGAAGAAGAUCGAACAUUGAUUGAAAUGGAUUCAAAAGAUUCACAAAAACAAAAGGAUGAAACAUCAGAAGAUGAUGAUGUUCAAAAUGAUGAUUUAUUGGAUGAAAGAAAUUAUAAAGAUUUACAAAAUAAGACUAACUCGCCCUUAUCUGUUCUAGAUCUUUUAGCAUAUUGUAAACAACAACAACACGAAAAUAAUAAUACGAAAUCUAAUUCAUUGUCAGAUGUUUUAACAAAUAAAUUAGCAUUAAACAAUACGAAUGAAAAUCAUCUCAGAUUAGAAAACCUUUUAUUAAAUAAUAAAAACAUUGGCAUAAUAAAUGCACGUACAAUAUUAAGACGAAUGUUGCAAAAACCAUGUCCAUCAUCGGAAAAUGGUUCUCCAGAACCCGAAAUAGAACCAAUGGAUGAUGAUCAUCAACAUCACCAACAAUCACUAUCAAAUAAUGAUAGUAAUGAAGAUGAUGACAAUGAUAUUUUAGAAGAAAAUAAGUUAUCAUCGGGAAUAAUUGUACAACGUUCAAAUAGUCAUAAUCCAUCAGAUGAUUUAUCACCAUUAGAAUUUUCAUCAAAUUCAAGUUCUCCCGAAACAAUUACAACACAACAUUUAAAUGCAUCAUCAAUAACAACAGCAACGUCAUUAUUUCAUCCUACUCGACCAUCGAGUACACCAUCCUCAUUAUCAACAUUUUCAAUUUGA